GGGGCCGGAGCUGGAAGAGGAAGCCAGGCGGCCCCGGAGGAGGAGGAGGAGGAAGGCGAGGAAGACGGUGGCGCCGCGCCUGCCUGCCUGCCUGCCUGCCCGCCCGUGCGCCCUGGCCCGUGCGCCCUGCGCGCUCCUCUCCAUCGCUGCGUACCAGCCGGGCGAGGCGGCGGGGAGGCGAGGCGAGGCGAGGCGGCCGCCGCCCGGCUGCUGCUGCUGCUGCUGCUGCUGCGGGGCCAUGGCGGUGCCGGGCGCGCCGUGCAGCCUGAAGGACGAGCUGGUGUGCUCCAUCUGCCUGAGCCUGUACCAGGACCCGGUGAGCUUCGGCUGCGAGCACUACUUCUGCCGGCGCUGCAUCGGCGAGCACUGGAGCCGCCAGGAGGCGCAGGCGGCGCCGGCCCGCGACUGCCCCGAGUGCCGCCGCUGCUUCGCCGAGCCGGCCCUGGCGCCCAGCCUCAAGCUGGCCAACAUCGUGGAGCGCUACGCCGCCUUCCCGCUCGACGCCAUCCUGCGCUGCAGCGCCCGGCAGCGCGGCGCCUCCGCCGCCUCCGCCGCCGCCGCCGCCUGCGCCAAGGAGCACGCCAAGGUCAAGCUCUUCUGCCUCUCCGAGCGCGCCGUCGUCUGCUUCUUCUGCGACGAGCCCGCCGUGCACGAGCAGCACCAGGUCACCAGCCUCGACGACGCCUUCGACGAGCUCCAGCGGGAACUCAAGGAGCAGCUGCAGAUGCUGCAGGACAGCGAGCGAGGACACAACGAAGCCUUGGCCUUGCUCAAGCGUCAACUGGCCGAGACAAAGUCCUCCGCCAAGAGCUUGCGGGCCACCAUCGGGGAGGCCUUCGAGCGGCUGCACCGGCUGCUGCGUGAGCGCCAGAAGGCCAUGCUGGAGGAGUUGGAGGCCGACACCGCCCGGACCCUGACGGACAUCGAACAGAAGAUCCAGCGCUACAGCCAGCAGCUCCGCAAGGUGCAAGAGGGGAACCAGAUUCUCCAGGAGCGCCUGGCUGAGGCGGACAAGCACGCCUUCCUGGCGGGCAUCGCCUCCCUUUCCGAGAGGCUGAAGGGGAAGAUCCAUGAAAGCAACCUCACCUACGAGGAUUUCCCCACCUCAAAAUACAUGGGACCCCUGCAGUACACCAUCUGGAAAUCUCUUUUUCAAGACAUCCAUCCAGUGCCUGCCACGCUCACGCUGGACCCCGCCACGGCCCACCAGCGCCUCAUCCUGUCCGACGACUGCACCAUCGUGGCCUACGGCAACCUGCACCCGCAGCCGCUCCAGGACUCGCCCAAGCGCUUCGACGUGGAGGUGUCCGUGCUGGGCUCGGAGGCCUUCGGCGGCGGCGUCCACUACUGGGAGGUGGUGGUGUCUGAGAAGACCCAGUGGAUGAUCGGCCUGGCCCACGAGGCCGUCACCCGCAAGGGUAGCAUCCAGAUCCAGCCCAGCCGGGGCUUCUACUGCAUCGUCAUGCACGACGGCAGCCAGUACAGUGCCUGCACCGAGCCCUGGACGCGGCUGAACGUCCGGAGCAAGCUGGAGCGGGUGGGCGUCUUCUUGGACUACGAGAAAGGGCUGCUCAUCUUCUACAACGCCGACGACAUGUCCUGGCUCUACACCUUCCGGGAGAGGUUCCCCGGCAAGCUGUGCUCCUAUUUCAGCCCCGGGCAGAGCCAUGCCAACGGCAAGAACGUGCAGCCGCUGCGGAUCAACACCAUCCGGAUCUAAGGGCCGCCACCGCCACUCCCCCCUCGGGGUGGGCAAGACGCUCAACUAUACGUGAUUCUCCAGAGCUCUUGGGGGAGGGUGGA